AUGCCGGAGGCUUGCUCGAAAGGAGCUCUGGCCCCGCUUUGCCGUCGUAACUCGCGGGCGCGCUUCGCAGUGGAGCGCGCGGGCAGCGAGGAGGGGCUCGGGCCGGGCGCGGGCGCCGCCCCCUCGGCCGGCGAGCGCCUGCGGCUGGAGGCGCUGGAGCACAAGCUGGACAAGCUGUGCGACCUGCUGCUGCAGCAGUCGCGGGACCUGCGCGCCCUGCGCCAGGACGUGCAGGCGCCGCGGAAGCUGCUGGACGACGCGCUGGCGCAGCACGCCGCCCGGACCACUGCCGCCAUCGAGAGCGCGCUGCAGGACGGCUGGGAGCGAAUCGCGCGCGCCGGCGAGGCGGCGGGGUCGCGCGCCGCGGCCGCGGCCGGGCUGGGCGCGGCGCGCGCGCUGGAGCCGCUGGCCGCCGCGCUGCAGCACGAGCUGGCCUCCAAGCUCACGGCCACCGACCACCUGCUGCGCGACAACAUCGACAAGCUGGCCACCAGCAAGACCGUCAUGGAGCGUCUGAGCACGUCUAUCGCCAAGUCGCUGUCGGAGAUGGUGCGCGACUCGUUCCGCGCGGCGCUCUUCGAGAGCGUCGUACCCGUCAUGGAGAAGGCGCACGCGCAGAUAUUCCGCCAGAUCAAUCAGGCCUUCCAGACCGGCACCAAAGAAUGUUAG